AUGGAAGGGGACGCGGCCGGGCAGCUCGUAACUGUCACCCGGAGCGACAGGCGCAGCGAGCCAGCGGCGGAUUAUUUGGAAUUCGACCUUGCAGGGAAGGAGGUGUUGCGUGAACUCAAAUCAAGGUGCUGCAGGAACAGCCCUGGACACUGGGAAUUUGCUGGGCAGGAGAGCCUGGAGUGCCAGGAACCCAGGGAAUGGUUUCCACUGCCAGAGAGCAGGCAGCCAAAUAAAUGCAGGAAUCAACCACAGACCCAAGGCUGGCCCAGCACCUCCCUGCUGCACCUGGAGCAGCUGUGGGACAGCAGGAACAGAGCCCAGUGCCAGGAGUUUGAGGAGAAAGGAGGAAUCAGCAGGCAGUGGAGGGCUCCUGGUGGGCUGGGGCUGCACCCACAGCCCCUGCAGCACCUCCCAGCUGAUAAGGAGAACCUGGAGCUCCUUAUCCAAGCCCUCCCCACGCAGGAGGUGCCAGAGCCAGAAGCUGCAGCCGGGUUGAUAAGGCAGCAGUGCCCAGCUGCGAGCCCCAUCCUGAGCUCCAAGGCAGGGCCAGCCUCAGGAGAUCCCUGGAUUCCAGCCUGGAUUCUCCUGGGAAUGGAGAGCCACAGGGAGAUUCAUCUGCUUGGAAACCUGACGUGUCCCAGUUAUUUUUUUAUCUUCAUCUUUGCAAACUCCAGGAAUACAAACAAACAAUUCUGUUUUGUCUUCAGGAUGACCUGACCCACUUUGUGAGCAGCAGCCUCUGGUUUGAAGCCUCCAUGAGGUGCUGCUGUUGGGAUCAAUCCUGAAAAAUCACAGAAAACAGGAAUUCCUGCUCUGCUACAAGCUCAGGGCAGGGAUUAAUGAACUUUUUAGCCCCCCAAAAAGUGGUGGAGCCCAUCAGAAGGAAACAAUUUGACCAUGUGGGCAGAGCAGGAUCAUUCCCAGCUUUAACCACAUUCCCUGAACUUUCUCACCACAGGGAGAGUCACCAGCAAAGAAAAUUUGAGAGAAUUGAGCCCUGCUGGUUCUCCAGGGGGUUAUUCCAGCCUCAAACCAUCCCAAAAUGGGAAAAGGCAGUGCUGGAGCUCCCCCCGAGCCAGGCAGGGAGCUCCAGCCCCUCUGACUUUGUGCAGCUUUGAGGGAAAGGUGUGGACUCCGGAAUGUGGCUGCUGCUGUUGCGAUUGGUGCUGGAAAAUCAUGGAAAACAGAAAUUCCUGCUCUGCUACAAGCUCAGGGCAGGGAUUAAUGGGUUUUUUUUUGCCCCAAAAAGUGGUGGAGCCCAUCAGAAGGAAACAAUUUGACCGUGCAGGCAGAGCAGGAUCAUUCCCAGCUUUAACCACAUUCCUGAACUUUCUCCUUUUUGCCUGAGUCACCAAGGGAUCGGCUUCACAGCCGGGAUUUUGUGUAACGUCACCACAGCGUCGCCAGCAAGGAAAUCAGAAAGAACCGAGCCCUGCUGGUUCUCCAGGGGAUUAUUCCAGCCCCAAACCAUCCCAAGAUGGGAAAAGGCAGCGCUGCAGCUCCAACCCCCUUGAGUUUAAGGUGUGACUCCCGGAAUUUCCUUUCAGUGCUCACAUAACCUGACCUAAUUCCCCUCCCCGAGCAGGCGCAGGGAGAGGCAGAGCCCGCCGUGUGUAAUUAAAGCUGCUUUGGGAUUAUUU